UUGCCCCAGGAUUUGACACUUUCUCGUGGAAACAAACUCCCAAUUCCAGGAAAAUGUUUUCCAAGCCUCAAAUUUUCCCCAUGAAUCAAUCGGUUUUCCUCCUUUUACUUCUCCUUUCGGUUCUCUGCUUCGUCCAGGCACAAUCUGCCCCGGGCCAGAGCAGCAAUUUCCAACCAAGCCUGGCAGUGGUAAUUGGAAUCAUGGCUAUAAUGUUUUCAUUAACAUUCAUCCUCAUCGUAUACGCGAAGUUCUGCCACGAGCCGGCCAAUGCUCACAACGAUCGCGAAGCCGUCCAAAGUCCCCAGAUUCCUAACGGAUUCGUGAGACAGAAUUCGCUGUAUCGUGGGAUCGAUAAAACGGUGAUCGAGUCCAUACCUUUCUUUCGGUUCUCUUCCCUUAGAGGGUCGAGGAGAGGGCUGGAAUGCGUGGUUUGUCUCUCCAAAUUCGAAGACGUUGAGAUCCUUCGAUUAUUGCCAAAGUGCAAGCACGCCUUCCACAUCGGUUGCAUCGACGAGUGGCUGGAAAAGCACUCGAGCUGCCCUCUCUGUAGGGUCAAAAUCUCCGCGGAUGAUCUUGCUACGAUAACGUACACGGAUAGCAUGAGGUUCUUGUCGAGCCAGGUAGAGGUGGUGAAUCAGGUGAUAGACGACCCGGGCGUGCAGCUUUACGUUCAGAGGGAAGGCAGCAGUCGGUCCUGGUCUUCGAGAUUUCGAAACAGCUUGAGGAGAUCGGGCAGCGGUGUUAUGAAGCACGAGGAACUGCCAAUCAGAGAAAACGACGGCGCUGUCGACAAAGAAGACAGCUCCAUGCAUAAGUUCAACCACAAGAUCAUUGUGUCGGAUGUCGUGCUGAAGAAGAGGUGGAGCUAUCUUAGUUCCUCCGACCUUGCGAAGUUGAAUUCAGAAAUGCUUGGCGAUGUCUCACGCAAGAGGUUUUCUUGUCUUGAUACAAACACACUAGAAAACUCGACGACAUGGGCGACUGAAGAGGGCGGAAUCCGAUCGGAGAUCAAUGAGGAGACGGGGAGGAAAACGGGUUUCGAACCCAAGGUUGGUAAGUUGAAUCGGAAUAAUUCGUUCCCAUCAUCGAGUGACGCUGAUUCUUCGAAUCAAUCGAGAGUUUUGAACACGAAUGACAGGAGAUCGAUGUCGGAGAUUACUGUUUUUUCAAGAUUCAAGAGGAAUGGCAAUGCAAGGGAAUCCCCUGUUGCUCAAAAUGGUGGAAAGGAGGAGAGAUUGAAGAGGCUUUGGCAGCCGAUUGCGGAAAGAACAGUUCGAUGGUAUGGUGAUAGAGACAAGAGAUCUCAACAGUCGAAUAACAUGAGAGAAUCGUUGAAUGUCUAAUUUCAUGGAUAUUAAGGUCUUAUGUGUGUACAUGUAUACUCUACAUGAGUAAGAAAUUAACACAUCUCUCUCUCUAACCCUAGCCGCAGCCUUCCUCCCUCCCCCCUCCCCCAAGGUUUUACACCCUUAUAGGGCGGCGGGAGGGGAGGGAUUUCACCCCCUCGUGGGUGUUUUUCUUCUCCUGAUUUUAGAUUUGGGAGUUUUUCUCUCUUUCCUUCUCUGUUACCUCCCAUCCUCCUCUCUUAAUCCACCAGCCUCCAGCCGUCUGUGUUUAGCGGCUCAUGGUCGCCGGAGGUGUGUGUUGUCGAGUUCGCCGGUGGUCUUGUCGGGAUAGAGCUUUGGCUUAGGGAUGGCUUGUGACAGUGUGGAGUUCUUACAACUUGUCGUAAAUUGGUGCAACUCAGCGUGACUUGGUGGUGGGCCCACAUCACAGGGUGACUCCGUGGUUGAUUUUGACUAUUUUUUCUUUUUGUUUCCAUUUAGAAUGUUGGGUGUUUUUGUUUUCUUCUGAAUGUUGGUGGGAUUUGCAUUUUUCCUAGGUGUGAAUUUAUUUCAGGGUAACGUUGAGCUAAUGAUUCCAGGGUAACGUUGAGCUAAUGGUGUGGAGCACUGUGUGGCUUGUAAAGACUGCCAUCCUCAACUAAAGAAAUAAGUAGCAACAAUUUUUCCUUGUGUAGGAGAAAAUUUUCUCCUACAUGAUGGAUAGUAUGUUUUGUAUUUAGCAGAACAUAUGUACACUUGAUUAUAUUGUUUCCAUGGUUAGACUCGUUC